GAAGAGGUGUCACUGCGGCUGGGGUCGACUAGUGCCGUUACUGUAACGUCCCAAAAGGGGAGCAACUACAGGUCGCCAUCACUCCUUUACAGGUUUUCUGGCAAGUGUGCGUUUUUCUGAGCUCAAUACACAUCGGGAGUUUUCGUGACAGACAAGACCCUAAACGUGUCCUUUUUUGGAAUUCGAAAUGCUCCGGGGGACCUUAAGGUACCGUCCGUAAUGGAAACUCGCUCUAAAGGACGCACAUGGACCACUUGACAGCGACAAUGACGCGGACCCUGGCCGUUCUCGCUUGCGUGUUUACUUUCAUUCAAAGUGGUGUGUGUGCGGAUGCCGAGGAGCGUCUGAUGAACUGGCUCCUGGGUAAAGACCGCUACAACAAGCUGAUCCGGCCGGCCAUCAACCGCACGGAGCGCGUCACCGUCAUUCUGCAGGUGUCCCUGGCGCAGCUCAUCAGCGUGAAUGAACGAGACCAGGUGAUGACCACCAACGUGUGGCUAACACAGAACUGGAAUGAUUACCGUCUGUCCUGGGACCCGGCCAAGUAUGAGGGCAUUGACAAGCUGCGAAUCCCCUCCCGCCAUAUCUGGCUGCCUGACAUCGUCCUGUACAACAACGCCGAUGGCACAUACGAGGUGACGGUCUUCACCAACGCCAUCGUGCUGUUCAACGGCAGCAUCGCUUGGCUACCGCCGGCCAUCUACAAGAGCGCGUGCAAGAUCGAGGUCAAACACUUCCCCUUCGACCAGCAGAACUGCACGCUCAAGUUCCGCUCCUGGACCUACGACCACACCGAGCUCGACAUGGUCCUGAAGUCUGAGGUGGCCAGCAUGGACGACUUCACUCCCAGCGGCGAGUGGGACAUCCUGGCCCUACCCGGGAGGCGGACGGUAAACGCCAACGACCCCACCUACGUGGACCUCACCUACGAUUUCCUCAUCAAGCGCAAGCCACUCUUCUACACCAUCAACCUCAUCAUCCCCUGCGUGCUCAUCACCUCGCUGGCCAUCCUGGUGUUCUACCUGCCGUCGGACUGCGGCGAGAAGAUGACGCUCUGCAUCUCCGUGUUGCUGGCGCUCACCGUGUUCCUCCUCCUGAUCUCCAAGAUCGUGCCGCCCACCUCGCUGGACGUGCCGCUGAUCGGCAAGUACCUGAUGUUCACCAUGGUGCUGGUGACCUUCUCCAUCAUCACAAGCGUCUGCGUGCUCAACGUGCACCACCGCUCGCCCAGCACGCACACCAUGCCCGCCUGGGUGAAGCUGGUCUUCCUGGUCAAGUUGCCCAUGCUGCUCUUCAUGCGCCGGCCGCAGAACAGCUCGGGGCGGCAGCGACUGCGCCAGCAGCGGCGCGUCCACGCCCAGCGGGGGCUCAUGGGGCUGGGCUACGGGGCAGCGAAGCUUCCCCAGAUACCCACCAUCUCGGCUUCGUCUGCCGCCCUGCUCACAUCAGCGUUCUCCUCCCCGGGGGACUUCUACGGUAGCAAGGGCGCCUCCUCCGCACCCCUCGGCAGGAUGGGGGAGCUGCGCUCUGACUUCCUGCCCAACGGGUCCUCCUCGGCCCAGGACCUGAGGCAUAGAGCGGGGGCAGGAGGAGGUGCCGGUGGCGGUGGCAGGAUGGACUGGGGCUCAAACGUGGAGGAGGCGGUGGACGGGGUGUGCUACGUAGCGGACCGCAUGAUGGGAGACGACGAUGACCAGAGCGUGAUCGAGGACUGGAAGUACGUGGCCAUGGUGGUGGACCGGCUCUUCCUGUGGAUCUUCGUGAUCGUGUGUGUGUCGGGGACACUGGGCCUCUUCCUCCAGCCCCUCUUCCAGCACUCCAUCGUUCCGGUUCAGAAUGCUCACACAGAUUCCGCUCACACAAAUUAGCAUGUGACAUUUGUGUCAGAUAUGACGUGUGUGUGUGACAGAUGUGACAAAUGUAAUGGAGAUGACGGACAUGACAGAUUGGAUGCUGACUCGUUUUAACCAAAGCCACAAGACUGACGGGCAUCGACAGUCAGCACUGCUUUACUGUGAGGGGGAGGAAGAGGAAGAGGAAGAACCCUCCAUGCCUCACCUUCCAAUCGCAUACUGUUGCUCAAGGGAAUCAAGUCCAUGCAAAAAAAAAAGUGUCUCUACAGCCGUACAAUUUAGGUAGGUUUAGUCAUAGAGUACUGGAUUGUCGCACAGACAUCAUUAACUGGGAAAGAAAAUGGAUGACUCAUGAAUAAGGUCACCAGACAUACUGUUUUUUUUUUUUCACUAACCCUCUAGUUUCACAAUGUGGUCCCACUUUAUAAUUGUUAGACAAAGUAUCCCAUGACCUAAGAGACACAGCCCAAUGGAAACCCCGUUUCAAGACCUGUAUGCACCAGUUGUGUGCCGGUUUGAGACUUCCUAUAAACCUAGUCAAAAUCCCAGUCGUAGAUCUCAGGGGGGAAAGGAGGGGAUAUAUUGAGUUGAAUGGAAGGCUCAUAAACUGACAUCAUGAUCACAAAUUGCCAUUUAUUUCCUGCUAUUAACUUUGUUAACCUUGGUUGCGUCUGCAAGUUAUCAUUUUUUUUAAUCAUUGCUCUCUGUAAGUCUGUGAUUUUUAUUAUUUCAUUAAAAAAUAUAUAAAAUGCACCAUUAA